AUGUUUAGACCUAUGACGAAGUCAAACAGUGGAAUCAGGACGGCUGGAAGGAGGUUUUUGGCCACAGCCCAAGCAACACCCAACAGAGUUCACGGUGGACUUCAAGACCAGGACAGAAUAUUCCAGAACUUGUACCUGGGAAACUCCAAGCGGUGCCACACGGGUCCGUGGGAUUUGAAGAGUGCGAUGAAGAUUGGGGACUGGUACAAGACCAAGGAGAUCAUCCUCAAGGGAGACAAAUGGAUCAUCGAUGAGAUGAAGAAGUCCGGGCUUCGUGGACGAGGCGGUGCCGGUUUUCCGAGUGGAUUGAAGUGGUCAUUCAUGAACCCACCGGGAUGGGAGAAGAACGUGGGUCCAAGAUAUGUGGUGGUGAAUGGUGAUGAGGGUGAACCAGGCACUUGUAAAGAUCGUGAAAUUAUGAGGAAGGAGCCCCACAAGUUGGUUGAAGGGUGCCUUCUUGCCGGAAGGGCGAUGAACGCCACUGCUGCGUACAUAUACGUGAGAGGGGAGUUUUAUCACGAGGCCGAGACGUUACAGAGAGCAAUUGAUGAGGCAUAUAAAGCAGGCUUUUUGGGAAAGAAUGCCUGUGGCUCAGGAUACGACUUUGACGUGUUCAUUCACAGGGGAGAAGGUGCGUACAUCUGCGGUGAGGAGACGGCAUUGAUCGAAUCCUUGGAGGGAAAACAGGGAAAACCAAGAUUAAAGCCACCCUUCCCGGCUGGUGUUGGAUUAUUUGGCCGUCCAUCUACAGUCACAAACGUCGAGACUGUGGCGGUCUCACCAACGAUUUUGCGAAGAGGCAGUAGCUGGUUUGCAUCUUUUGGACGUGAAAGGAACCAGGGCACAAAGCUUUAUUGCAUAUCCGGCAAUGUGAACGAGCCCUGCACUGUGGAGGAGGAGAUGUCGAUUCCAUUGAAGGACUUGAUUGAAAAACAUGCCGGCGGUGUGAAAGGUGGCUGGGAUAACCUCCAGGCUGUGAUUCCAGGUGGUUCUUCCACGCCUAUCCUCACGGCCAAGGAGUGCGAAGACCAGAUUAUGGACUAUGACAGUUUGCGGGAUGCUGGAUCCGGAUUCGGUACUGCUGCAGUCUCUGUCUUUGACAAGCAGGCUGAUGUUGUUCAUGGCAUACAGAGGCUUUUGGCGUUUUACAAGCACGAAUCUUGCGGGCAAUGCACGCCAUGCAGGGAAGGAUCGACAUAUCUCUCCAAAAUGAUGGACAGACUAGCUGUUGGCCAGGCCAACGAGAAGGAGAUCGACCAGGCAUUGGAGUUAACUUACAAGGUUUGUGGACACUCUAUCUGUGCUAUGGGUGAGGCAUUCAGUUGGCCGUACCAGGGGUUGGUGAAGAAAUUCAGGCCGCUUUUGGUGCAGAGGAUCCAGAACUACAAGAAGGAGCAUAACUUGGCCGAUCGCGAGCUUAAGAACGGUGGCUGGUACAAGGGCAUUAAUCUUAAGGAUGGUCAAGUCAAUGGUUCUCCAAUUCCUCGCAACUCCUUAUACCAUUGA